CAUGGAGCCGGCCGACCGCCUGGCCCGGCUGCAGCGGAUCAACGCGACCCUGGAGAGCAACCUGUCAUCGGUGCAGGACAUGCUGUCGUCGUCCAGGGCCGACCGGGACGAGCUGAGCCUCAAGUACAGCGCCGUCAGCGAGCGGCUGGACGAGCUGAUGCAGGCUGCGGGCGACGGCGCCUCGGUGGGCUACACGCCGAGCCUCGCCCGUGACCUGGGCUCACCGCGGGGUCAGCUGGGCCGCGCCCUCGCCAGCGGACAGCCGGCCGGGGCCGGUGGUGGCGGUGUGCUGGAGCUGGAGAACACCUCCCUGCGCCGCCGAGUGGAGGCGUACCAGCAGGCCCAACGGCAGCAGGCGCAGGUCAUCACCACCCUGCAUGACAAGGUGGAGCAGUACCGGCUGCGCUGCUCCCGGCUGGAGGCGGACGCCUCGCCGCGCGGCCGGCCGCCGCCGCCGCCCGACUCCGCCGACCGGCCUGACCCGGCCGACCUGCAGACAGCCCUGCUCCGGCUGGAGGAGGCCGACAGCAGGUGUGUGACCCUGUCAGAGGUGAACGACAUGCUGCGGGAGCAGCUGGACGCGGCGCAGGAGGCGAACGACGCGCUGACCGGUCAGGUCGAGAAGCUCUCGGACGACUGGCAGCGGCUCUCCGCCGACCUGCAGGCCAAGGAGGCCGCCUGGAGGGAGGAGGAGCAGGUGAUGACCGGGUGUGACGCCGGGAAGAGCGAGAGAGCGUGCUGA